ACGAAAUUGCUUGCGAACAGAACUUAAAAUUAGUGCCUCCGAAGAUGAAGACAAUAUUUAAAGUCACUAUUACCAUUUUGUGCUUCACAUCGCUCCUUGAAGCUGUUGCUGGAUACGGAGCUUGGGAGGAAAAUCGAGUGUAUAAUUACAAAUUACAAGCAUACACACGGAACAGUGAUGGUGGUGUGUUAGCUCACGGCCGUUUGACUAUUUACCCACUGUCUGAAGUUCUGUUAAUUGGACGAAUCAGCCUAUUAGAGUACAGCAAAGUCGAUCGUCAUUUAACGGAAGAUAAUAAUUUAGAUUUGAGUCGUAUCGAUUUCGAUUACCAAUUACCGAUAACUAAACCAUUCCUGAUUCAUUUGGAAAAUGGUACAAUUCAUUCGAUAUCAGUCGAUUCGAUGAUGUCCAGGAAUCAAAUCAAUCAACUGAAAGUCAUCGUCAGCCAAUUCCAACUUGAUACAAACGCACAAUAUUUAUUUAAGUCUGAGGACGAACACCUUCCCGAGGAAGGCAACACUACCGUUUUCUACAAGACAAUGGAACAGACUUUUACAGGAAAUUGUGAAACAUUGUACAACAUCUCAACACUGUCCAACAACUUAGUCAAAUCACAUCCUAAAUGGGUUCCCUUGCCAAAUUUGAACGAACGAGGUGAUUUUAUUAAAGUUGAAAAGACCAGAAACUUUAACAGUUCCAAUCGUUAUUUCGCAUUCUACAACAAUGGCCAAAGUGAUUUCCAAUCAAGGCCAGACUCAGAUUCUCAUUCUGACCAAAUGAGUGCUGAAGGUGCUGAACAACGUCCAAAUCAAAUGGACGAGGCUUCCUCGUCUAUCACGACACACGUAGUCAUUUCGCGUGGCUUACAAACGUACACCAUUCAAUCAUCGAUUACAACUGGCCAUGGUGACGGUUUUUAUGAUUACUUGGAAAUUACAUUAGAAUCUGUGGAAGAACAAAUCCAAAGAAUGACAAGAUUUGAAGGCAUGGAAAGACUUGUUAAUGUCGGAAACUUGGUAUACGGAACCGAUACAGAAAGUGGUGAGCGUCUAGUGACUGAUCUGCAAAAUCUUCAGUCAAAAAGCAAUUGUUUAAAGGCAGAAAAUGCUCGAGUGGAAUGGAGUGGUUGUUGGACUGAUUUCGUUUCAGGGCCCAGUAUAUGCAAAAAGGAAUUCGGUCCUGAGUGGGAAUAUCUCGACUACGAUUGUUGUGGGUUCCUUUGUUUGGGUAGAAAGGCUAAGUGUAGAUUAAGCUAUCCCGGUUGUGUGGCCACUGUUUGCUACUCCGUUUUUGUGCCGCAAGAUAAAUUAUGUAACAGUCAAUACGGAGAUAACUACCCAGUUACAUGUGAUGGAUUUCCAGACUGUACACUUGGAUUUUGGCGUGCCAGAUGCUGUCCAAGUUCAUACGCAUAGAGUGUGCUAUCUGGAGAAUGGUUGUAACAAAAUGUUUUUCGAUAACAAAUGCGUCUAAGUCAGAUAUAACCAAUGGUAUUCGACUUAAGUGUGGGACACAAAUAAAACAUUUCAAUUGGCUAGAAGAUGCAAAUUUUUUCAUAU